UUUAAAAAAAGAAAAAAGAGAAAAAUGAGAAGGGAAAACAAAGAACAUGAGAUUGAGAUCCAUGGACCACGUGAAAAUGGAACCAACUCAGAGGAAAUUCAACUUCAGGACAACAGAAACUGAGAAAUCAAAAGCUGAGAGAUCAACAAUAAAGAAAUCUACUGAAGAGCCAAGAACAUUCGGCCAACUUUUGCCAAGCUCAUUGUACUUGGAUUCACCAAGACCUGACACGCGUCCACCAUAGAUAUCAGACUUGCUCAACUAUUUUCUCACUAUAAAUUACCAGCCUCUACUUUAAAGCAUGUGAUUGACUACAAAGCUUCAGCUUCAGUUCAUCUUCUCUCAUGGAGAUUGGUCGUGGGGGGUUAGCCAUUUUGGUUUUUACAGCUCUGUUGAUUCACUAUUCGAGCAAUGUGGAAGGAAGGUACCAUUUUCACAAGAAGCAGAAAACGAAAGAACCCAGUAAAGGCUCUCAUCCUGUUGACUCCCCUGACUCUCAAGACCCACCCUCUGUUCCUUCGGACCCUUACCCCAUGCCUGCGCCACCUGAAGAACUACCUUCCCCUUCUGCUCCUUCUCCCUCUAUUCCCUCGGACCCCUAUCCUAAUGACCCAUCUGCGAACUCCACUUCAAACUGCAUUUUCGACGUCACAACUUUCGGAGCAGUCGGCGACGGCUCCGCGGACGACACCGCCGCCUUCACGGCUGCAUGGAAAGCCGCCUGCGCCUCUGAUUCCGGCGUUUUGCUCGCCCCCGCCGAUCAUGUUUUCAUGGUCACUUCAACUAUAUUCUCCGGACCCUGCAAACCCGGACUUGUAUUUCAAGUGGAGGGAGUUUUGAUGCCUCCAGAUGGGCCGGAGUGUUGGCCGGAAGCCGAUAGCCACAAGCAAUGGCUUGUGUUUUACCGGUUGGAUCAGAUGACUCUCACCGGGAAAGGAACCAUUGAAGGGAACGGACAGAAGUGGUGGGAUCUCCCUUGUAAACCUCACAGGGGUCCUGAUGGCUCAACAUCCUCCGGACCGUGCGACAGCCCUGCCUUAAUUAGGUUCUUCAUGAGCAAUAAUUUAGUACUUAGCGGACUAAGGAUCCAAAACAGUCCUCAAUUCCACGUCAAAUUUGAUGGGUGCGAAGGAGUUUUGAUAGAGAAUUUACAAAUUUCAUCGCCUAAACUCAGUCCAAACACAGACGGCAUUCACGUUGAGAACACAAAGAGUGUUGGAAUAUACAACUCCAUGAUAUCCAACGGUGAUGACUGCAUUUCAAUUGGGCCAGGAUGCUCAAAUGUCGAUAUUGAUGGUGUCACAUGUGGGCCUAGUCAUGGGAUCAGCAUUGGGAGUCUAGGAGUACACAACUCACAAGCCUGUGUGUCCAACAUCACAGUGAGAAAUGCCAUCAUAAAAGAAUCAGACACCGGCCUCCGACUGAAAACUUGGCAGGGUGGCAGCGGCUGUGUCUCCGGUUUGCUCUUCGAGAACAUUCAAAUGGAAAACGUUAGAAACUGUAUAAUCAUAGAUCAGUAUUAUUGUCUUUCAAAGGGCUGUCGCAAUCAAACCUCUGCCGUAUAUGUUACCGACGUCCAGUACAGAAACAUCAAAGGCACAUACGAUGUACGCAGCCCUCCCAUCCACUUCGCAUGCAGUGACACUGUUGCUUGUACAAAUAUAACAAUGGCAGAAGUCGAGCUUCUUCCGGAGGAAGGUCAGCUUGUCGAUGACCCAUUUUGCUGGAAUGCGUAUGGAACUCAAGAGACCUUCACUAUUCCUCCAAUAAAUUGUUUGCAAGAAGGUAUGCCGCAGAAAGUGUCUGAGGUUGCUGCUUAUACCUGCUAGUAAUACAGCAAUAAACUUUCAGACUCGAAAUUUACCAGUAAUAACAUAUAGGAAGAUUAAUACUGUAUAGGACCUAUUUAUAUAUGUUUCUAUCAAUCUCCUUACAGAGGCUUUUGUUAUAAGUUGCCAUUGUUACUUAGGUUUCAUCCCUUCCAA